CGACACCGGGGCAGCGCAGCGCCCGACAGGCGGGGUCUGCCUGCUGCGGUGUUGCUGGGAGGAAACGGGCGUGUCUCCUGGACCGGCUCCCACGGCCAGCACCGGCACCUCGGCCUGACCUUCUUCCCAUCAACCUGCUUUCCCACCACCCCUCAUACCGAACGUGCCGCCAGAUUCAGCCAUGAAGCGAUCGGCCCCGACCUCGGCUCCCUCGAGCCCAACCAAGCGACUCAACCUUGCCUGCGGCUCCCCCAGCGAGCCCACGGAUGAGACUUAUAUCUAUAAGAACUCGGCCUACGGCUCCGACAUUCCCUCCGUCUACGCUGCUCCUGGAUACCCGGACUACCUCAAUCUCAUUCUGACGGCCCGUGUCUACGACGUCGCUAGCGAAACCCCCCUGCAGCCCGCGCACAACCUGUCGCUCCGCAUCAAAAACAACAUCUACCUCAAGCGCGAGGACCUCCAGCCGGUCUUUUCGUUCAAGCUGAGAGGCGCCUACAACAGGAUGCAGCAGCUCAGCGAGGAGGAGAAGAAGCGUGGUGUCAUUGCCUGCUCGGCCGGAAACCAUGCCCAGGGAGUUGCGCUCUCGGCCACCAAGAUGGGCAUCAAAGCCACCAUCGUCAUGCCUCUGGCGACUCCUCCCAUCAAGUGGAGAAAUGUCAAGCGUCUGGGUGCCGAGGUUGUGCUCUUUGGCAACGACUUUGACGAGGCCAAGACUGAGGCCGCACGGCUCCAGCAGGAGCGCGGCCUGACCAACAUUCCCCCCUAUGACGAUCCGUAUGUGAUUGCCGGACAAGGCACCAUUGGAGUCGAGCUGCUACGUCAGGCAUCCUUUGGCAACAUCGACGCCAUCUUUGUGUGCGUUGGCGGUGGCGGCCUGGCUGCAGGCGUGGCCUCCUACAUCAAGCGCCUGAAUCCCAGCAUCAAAAUCAUUGGCGUGGAGACACUGGACGCCGCUGGCAUGACCACCUCGAUCCUCGCCAAGAAGCGGGUAACCCUCCCUCAGGUUGGCCUGUUUGCCGACGGAGCCGCCGUCCGACUCGUUGGAGAGGAGACCUUCAGAAUCUGCGAGCAGCUGCUGGACGAGAUGAUCCUGGUCAGCACCGACGAAAUCUGUGCCGCCAUCAAGGACGUCUUUGAGGAUACCCGCAGUGUCCUCGAGCCCGCCGGAGCCCUCAGCGUUGCUGGAGCCAAGAAGUACAUCCAGGCACAUGGCUGCGAGGGCAAGAACUUUAUCACCAUUUGCAGCGGCGCCAACAUGAACUUUGACCGGCUACGAUUCGUGGCCGAGCGAGCCGACCUGGGCGAGAACAAGGAGGCCCUCAUCAGCGUCGUUAUCCCCGAACAGCCUGGAAGCUUUUUGACGCUCCACUCGGUCAUCCAUCCCCGAAGUGUGACCGAAUUCUCGUAUCGGUAUGGCGACGCCCACGAGGCGCACAUCUUCAUGAGCUUUGUGGUCAACGACCGCGACGCCGAGCUCAAGCAGAUCUUUGCGGAGCUGCAAGCCCUUGGGAUGCGCGCCAUGGAUGCAAGCCACAAUGAGCUCGCCAAGGCCCACGCCCGCUACCUUGUCGGUGGCCGGAAGGAGGUCCCGCACGAACGUAUCUUUCGAUUUUCGUUCCCGGAGCGGCCGGGAGCGCUGAACCACUUUUUGAAUUCGGUCAAGUGCCCGCUGUGGAACAUCUCGCUCUUCCACUACCGCAACUACGGCGGCGACGUCGGCAAGGUUGUUGUCGGUCUCCAGGUCCCUCCCGACAGCCAAGCCGAUUUCGAGACCUUCUUGGGCGAGCUCAAGUACCCGUACGUCGAAGAGACCAACAACAAGGUCUAUCGUCUGACUCUCAACGCCGGCUUUGCCAACUGAGACCGAGCCCUGAAGCGCAAUCGGGAGCUGCCUCCGUUUUCCGAGCAUCUAAUUUGCUGACCUCAAAUAUAGACCGUGAUACGCCCAGCCA